GAAGAACGGUAGAAUGUCUGCAUUGCAAUUGUGUGUUUUCUGGCUUACAUGGUUUGUCUAUGAAUUUGCCGAAAUGUUCAUAAUAUAUCAUCUUUCCCCUCCUUUCUGCACAUUUUUUGUGUGUUAACUAGUUCAAUUCUGUCAUAUUAUUAGUUUCACGAUUAUUGGAACACUCUGCAGUCGUUUUCCUACUCUAGUAAGUAACAAAUACACCAACUACCACAAUUGCAUCACAUUUUCAGACGAAUAAUUAUUGUUUCCUGUUUGGAUACGUACUACAACGUGGUGUUUCCCUUGUCGUGUUUGUCGUUGCUUUCUCUCUCUCUCAAGGAAUAGCAGUUUAAUUGUUGUGUGACCACAGUGCUGUCGCGUAAGUGUACACAGACACUACACCAAUCCCAUUGUUCCUGCCUACAUGAUGAAAAUACACCCUAUGAAUUAAGUAUUGUACAUAGGUAUGUACUUACACCAGGUGUGUUGUCAGUGGUUUGAAGCAUUGUUGAGGUAAAGGUGUGUCCAUACAUGUCAGUACACUACCUGGGUCUUCACAAACAGGAAGCUCUGUGGGGGGUACAGUGAGAGAUUUGGAUGGCCUUCGAGAGAGCGAGCAAAUGUGUGUGUUUCUUGUAAUGUGACUAAUGACGCUCCGGUACACCCUAGCCCUCGUGUGUCCAUAUAUGACGUGCCUCUUAAUCCGCCGAGUGACAACACUGCCCUGUCCCACUCGUCUGUAUAACAGGGAGACAGUGCGUCCACUUGAACACCUGGCGAAAUUCUCUCCCUCGCGCUCCCAACGGUUAUCCCACACUGCGUCUGAUUCUCUCGUGUGUAUCUGUAAUGUAUACCACUUUAGCUACAUAGUUUCCAGUAGGGCUCGGUGUGAAUCAGUGCUCUCUUUGGUUUUUGUCUCUGGAUGGGAGAAGUUUGUACAGUUUGGGGAGGACAACUACUUAUGUGCUUCAUUAGUACAUUAGUACAGAGUAUUAGGGUACAGUAUAAUGCAUGUAUAGAUACUGUACGGACGUUAGCCAAAAUAACCAAUACAAGGCAUACUUUUUAACAUAUUUUGGCUAGAAAAGUGUGCAAGAAGUAGAGUUGCCACGAUUUGUAUGGCUACUCAUGUUUCAGCUGAUAGUAGCCACAUCGGCUAAUGAUUCUCUCCUCUUAUGCUGGACAGUCUUUUGCUACUUUCUCCUCCUUUACUGCUUUCCUUGUGAGGCUAGCUAAAAUGAUGUGGAAAAGUCUAGGACGUGGAAAUAAUUAUUGUGCAGAAGAUACUUUUAAGACUGCAUUUUUGAAGGUCAAUAUGAAGUGGCUGUAGACAUUCUAUCAACAUUAUAGCAUACUUUUGUAGGCGAGGCAGCUUGCUUUGAAAUUCCACUUCAACCUCAGGGUAUGUACAGGGUUCGAAGUUAAGUGGUAGCUGAGUUUGCUCCUAACUUACGCUGGGCACCAAUGUUGGCAACCAGAGAGUCAAAAUGAGUUGCAAACUGUAACUUUUUAGUUGCGUUUGGCAUGGUGUCCGUUAGUUUUGCACCCUAGACCAUGUGAAGCUUGCUCCCGUGUGGCUUGCUAUUGUCAUAUUUGGGCACGGGUGGCUUUGCUAUUGUCAUAUUUGGGGUAUGCAACCCAUCCUGGGUAUGUAUGUGUGUGGCAAAUAUCGUGCAUAGUUUUCCUAAUGAAUGCAUUCAUUGGUCAGUAAUGUCGUUAGUGCAGUCUUAGGUAAUUAUCAUGCGGCAAUGCCUCGUAACAUUCAGCCACUUAGUUUACUCUUGAAGCAAUCUUUCAUUGCCCACAAUAAUAUGUACUUGCUCUUAGUCGCAAUAGGCAUACAGUACUUGGGACGUGUGAGCACUUGCAUGGCGCUCAAAUUCCGUGACUUCAAAAAGCGAGAAACAACGUUAAGCGUGAGAAUCUCAAAUUCCCGAGGUGGUAUUUCAAGAACGACUCUCUAAGUAGCUGUGGAGUAGGGGUCCAGUCGAGUGUGAGAUCAAUGGAUGGAUGAAGGCUUUGCUGGCAGAGGCAGUCCAUGGUUUUCCAUCCAGGUGUGUCUGUGUCCGCAAGUCGACAUUCAAAGUAUGCCUGUCAUCAUGCCUUGGUUUCAAUUAAAUAAAUAACUCAUUAGUCAACUUGCGUCCUUGUGUGUGUUCUAUUAUCACCAGAGCAACUGACUCAUCGGUGUGUGCCACAGGUGUGUGUGUGUGAGUGAGUGUAGGCUGCAUCUUAUAGUCUAUACUAAAGUCUGUUAUGUACGUGUGUUUGUCCUCUCGGGAAUUUUGUAUCAUGGGAGAUACAUUGUGGUGAGACACCUUAAUGUGACAAUUUUUUUACUUAAUGCGAAUUUUGCGAAAGCAAGUGAAAUCUCAUUUGUAAAUACAAUCACUAUUAGAGCUCAUGCAUGAGGGCAAUGGCUUUCACUAGUUUUAGCUCUGAAGCCGUUGGUAUAGGCCACCUCGUAGCCUGUAGUGCAUAAAUAUAUAGCUGCAGACAGAUAGACACACACACACAGAGUACUGUAACCCUCGCUGCGUAUGUGUGCCGAGGGUUAACUGUGCCUACAUGACCUCUUGCAUGGCAGUUGGCUCGCUCCCACACGCCAGAAUUGCACAGCAUUCACGAAUCAGUAAACUCUGAUUGCAGGGGGCAAACCCACCCAUCAACAAUGUAAUAAAAGGUACACAUUUUCCGGCCAAGUAUUCUGGACUCAUAAAACAAUAGCCUCUGGUUAUCUAUAUCCCUUUUCUGCUAAGUCUGGUAGUAAUCCUUAUGACAUUUUUGGCAGGACUGCUGGGAUAGAAAACCAACACGCAUUAGUCAAGCAUGGUGGUACUUAGUGUAAUUUGUGAGCAAAGGGAGUCACUUGCUUUACGUACCUGGCGACUCUGUCACAAUUUUCAAUAUGCAUGUGUGAACAUCACAUAAUUAUAUAGUGUUUGAAACUCAUGACCUGUUUGCAUUAGCUCACCAACGGUCGCAUAACUUAACGUUGUACUGUACUUUCACUUCCAGUAAUAAUAGCAGGAUGCAUAGCUUUCUAAAGAAACAGGUGCACCUAUUAAUAUGAUUAAGAUUCCAGAAAGUGUAUGUACUGUGUACGUGUGCUGGUAUGCAACACAUGUAGACAUUUCAUAAUCGUGACGACUGAUGAAUUGCCUGCGGGUUCUGUGUAGCCACCCUGGAAACCCUGGGCCAUGAAUACUAUUAUCAUUAUCUGAAAAGAUCUCCAGCUACAGUGUGUGUGUGUGCGUGUGUUUGAGAUUGUGUCCACGUUGGUGUCCCAGGUGGUGGCGUCCAAGUACCUGAACGACGAGGGAGAGAGUGAGGCACUCACCAACUCGGAGUGGGCCGAGGUGGGCUGCAAGGGUAAACCUGCACUGGACCUCAUGGAGCGACGGUUCCUAGCUGCCAUCGACUGGAGACUGUAUGUUUCACUGGAAGAGUACUAUUCUUUUGUGACUGGAAUUGAAGGAAGGAUUGCACUGAACCAGUUUGCCAGUCGUGGCUGGCUGAGCUACACUGACCUGGUCACCAUAUGGGACACCAUGGACACGCAGACUGCCCUUCUCACUGCUACCAAACAAGUCGCCAAGGUGACGUGUGGAAGUGCUGCAGUGUACCUUGUGCUGCUGUCGACACUCUUCACUGCCUCCCACACACUCAACUCCUCCUGGUCUCCCUCUCCCUCCUCCCCCUCCUCCUUCCCCCUCUCCUCUUCCCCUACCCCCGAGACUGCCAACUCCACCUCCACUGAUAUUGCCUCACUGAUGAUGCAAGACCCUCUGAAUGUUGCGCCACCAGAGCUGCCUCUGGAGACCUACGGAAAAUAUCCACCCGAUCUGACCUGUAUUCUCCACAAUACCCAUCUGGAACGCAGUCGACUCAAGUUAAUAAACUCCCGAAAUCCUCAAAUGCCAUGUAGCUCGUCGGUCUCAAUCGCUCGUCCUACCCUCUUCUCCCCCUCUCUCCACACUAGUGCUAUUCGGUGUGUCCACUGUGGGUGUAGCACCUGGCCAGGCAUGGGUUUCAACCAAGGACUGAACUUCAAUGAGAGAGAAUUUGACCACAGGGUGUACUGUGGAGAACAAACGGGGUCUUUGCGUAGCAGGGCUCAAGGCAGUGACCAUACCGGUGGAUAUAACAACAGUAGGCCACAUUGUAGGCAGGGUUCUGAAGCUAUAACUGCUGACGAGAAAGUGGCAUUUCCAUAUCCCAACCUCCGUCGUGUGGACUUGCACACUUCCUGGGAGGACCUGGAACUACGUAGAGAAACUAAAGCGACCAAACACCCCUUCAAGCCACCACACUGUACACUUGGACUUCACCACACUACUUAUUCUGGCAUCAUACUUGCAGACAACAGAUCAGAAACUCUAUUGUCCACCGUCUACCAAUACUUUGGGGGGCUUCACGACUGGGCAGUGAGUAUUAUACUCCGAGUUGUUUUACCGCCGGACAUGCUAGGUCAAACUGCUCACGAAAAUAACGUUUCUACUGCCACCGAUGACUAUCGCUGGUUGGCAGUGGAUGACCGUAGUGUAGAUGGUCGCCGUCUUGUAAGAGAUCUUAUAGCUCAAACUCAGAGCUAUGGGGAGGUGGUUACUCUUGGAGUUGACCAGCAGUUGCUCCUGCCAGUCCUGGACCAAGGCAGGCUAUGGCUGUGAUGUUGUGUAUAAUAAACGGCAACAUUGAAGAUUUAUAGAUGUAGAAGUUUAGUUGUAUGUACAUCUGUUGUAUUGAUGCACAGAGAAUACUUUAUAUUAUGUACCUGCAUCUGCUGCUCUUCAUGAGAAUUAUAUAUUAUACUUGCUGCACUUU